AAAAUUGUCAAGUUGGAAGAAAAAUGAAAACAUUGAAACUGUGUGUUCAUCAGAAAAAAUUUAAAGAUGAUGAUAUUCUCAUAAACCCAAAAGAAUUUACGUCAGUCGGUGAGGGAGAUGUUCUUGAAGUAUACAACCCAGACAAUGAUUACAGACGUCUCCUUCUCCAGGUUCAGUCACUGUCUGAAGACUUCCAACAAAAAGAUACUGUGAGCAUUGAACAGUCUAUAGCUACAGCGUUUCACCUCAGAGCCUACAAAGAUGUGUGCGUUAACAAAAUCGAUUCAAAGAGUGUGGCCCUUGACCUCGUGGAGCUGCUGUACAAGGAACAGUAUUACAGUCGGAGUGACAUGUGGCGGCUCAGACAGAAUCUCGUUGGCACAUGUGUUUAUCUGAAUAAAAAGGUUGAGUUUGCAGAAAUGAGAGCCCAAGUGAAUGAAAUGUGGUCUAAAGGAGAUAGAGUAACGUGUGGUGUCAUUUGGGAUGAUACAAGGGUGGUGUUCCGAUCAUCGACAGCCGUUGUCCAGAUUUUCAUUCAGAUGAGCUCUGAAAUGUGGGACUUUGACAUCAAUGGUGACCUGUACUUUGAGAAGGCUGUCAAUGGAUUUCUGACUGAUCUCUUUGCCAAGUGGAAGGAACAGAACUGUUGCCAUGAUGUGACGAUUGUUUUGUUCUCCAGGACUUUUUAUGAUGCCAAGUCUCUAGAUGAAUUUCCACCUCAUCUCCGAGAGUGUCUCCAGACAGACCACCGUGGCAGGAUCUUUGAAGACUUUUACAGGGUUGUAAUUCAAAAUGAGCGUUACGAUGAGUGGACCAACACGCUGAAGCUGUUGAGGAAGUAUUUUAACAGUUACAAUGAGCGGGUCGUGUUCUACCACAGAAACGAGGGACACCACAUGCCGCGCUCCUGGAACUCAACAGCGAUGCAGGGAAACUUUUUGGAAACUUUGAACAUGUCUCUCAACUUGUUUGAAAACUAUUACCUUGAUCGAAACUUUGACCGAACUGGCAAGGUUUCCGUGGUAAUCACGCCAGGCCCAGGUGUGUUCGAAGUCAAAAGAGAACUGACAAAUAUCACCAAACAAAGAACCAUUGAUUGCGGUGUUGGCAGUGAUCUGGUUUGUAUGGGUGAACAGCCACUCCAUGCAGCUCCCCUCUUCAAGUUUCACAGCAGUAAGUGUGCAAGCUCCAUAGAAGUAGGUGAUGACUACAACAUACCUCACUGGAUGAAUCACAGUUAUUAUGCCUCAAAGAAUCAAAUAGAGAUGCAUAACAAUUCUUCGUUUGUUCCAAGAAUUAAACCACCACCUGAACUGUUGCAGCGACUAGCUGAAAAAUCAAAUGACCCUGUCAAAGAUACCAUUCCUCAGACAUCAUAUGACUCUGACGAUGACAAAUUUCCGUUUGUUGAUUACAAGGAGUAUGACUCGCAGAUCUUCAAAUUGCCAUCAAGAAACAGUACACGAGUCUCUUUUAGCCAAAGUUCCAAUCUGUACAGCACACAUGGAGUAAAGCGACAUCCGAAGACAUUGGCAGAAGCCAGACAGCAGCAUCGUCCUCGAACGAGAAACCUGUCGGACGAAUUUGUCAGUCAGACGUCAGAAAUAGUGGAAGAGGGAACCAGCAAAGACAUGUCCUGGAUCAAGAGCAACAGCAGUGUGUUGCAUGUUUCCAGCAACGGCAGUCUGUCACAGAUGACAAGUAACAGCUGUAUAUCACAGGCGACAGGUAACAGCUGUAUAUCACAGGCGACGGGUAACAGCUGUAUAUCACCAGCGGUGAGCAUCCCGUCAAGAUCCAGCAGUGGGGAUGAUAUAUCAUCUUCUGUGGGAUGCUACCCAAUACAAGAGAAGACACAGCCAUGUGGGUCAGUUGAUUCGUCCGAAGGGGAGGAUUACCCAUUCAGACGUCUGGUUGUCGGCAGUGCUGGAUCACCUAUUGGUCACUCACGCCGGUCACUCCUUAACUACAGACCACAUCGAGCACUCAUCAACCCAUUUGCACCUUCUCGCAUGAGAUUCAAAAUGACAUCCAAUCGCAGAAGAUGGGUCCAUGCCUUUCCCACAGACCCCCAAGGUGCAGCUGUCCAGCCGCACCACGUGCACAUCCAGUCGUCUAGCUACCACUCGGACGAGGAGCACGACUACGGACUGCAGACUCUCACACCGGAGGUCGUGCAGGCAGCACAGCUAGCAGUGCAGGCCAGAAAGCGGGUGUCAGUUUCCAGACAGGAAAGUCAAGAGACGGAGACACCAGAUUUUGCUGGCCAAGACAGUGCCAUUGAUAUUUUUAGUAGGUCACCUACACAGAAUGAGUCAAGGGCGAUGAUGAACAACAUGUAUCAACAGCUGUCAUCUUCUAGUGCCAGCUCAGAAACUGUAAAGCCAACUUUAGGUUCACACAGUCUUGGGCACAGCAACCACCGGGGUCGGCGUGACCGCUUCUGGAUGUGGGGAACGGGAGAGCAGGAGUGGAGUCCAGACAUGACCACAGGCUGGGAUUGGCGGCCAUUGUCCCAGAAUGAAACCAACAACACAGGAUCUCAGCUAAUCAAGACCAUUAUUUCCGCCGAUAUGAACUCACAAAAUUUCUGUGCCGGAAUAAGUGUUGACUGGAAAUCCCUGACCAUCCCAGCCACUCUGCCGAUCACGACGGAUUUCUUCCCGGACAAACGCAGCCUGCAUUACGACUAUGUUGUCUCUGACUACUCUCUGCUUCCUGAUGAUAACAGUGAUUACGGAUCAAAAACGUCUCACACAGAAGAUGAGAGUUUUUACAGGCGAAAACCGCCAUCUACAGUUCAAGUCUUCAAAGAGCUCAUUUCACAAAGACUCGCACAGGGUUUCCAGAUGAUAAAGUACAGUAAGAAUGGUUCCCCGGGAGAAGCUGUCCACAUGGGUUCCAGUCCGCAGUACACACACACGACCGGACUGAUGAGGUCGCAACCUCAGACUGUACAGAGCGAGGAAUAUUACUUGAGCAUUGGUCGAAUAUUUCACAAGUUGACCCUGACUGGAGCGGCUAUCACAGUCACACGAUACAGACCCAGACAUCCCCAGCUGGAACUGCUCCAUGAGUACCAGUACCGGUUCCAGGCCCCGGACUCGUACAGCUACGAGGUGUCAUUCACCAAGUUCCGCAACCAGCGUCUCGAGAACUACAACUGGAACUACCUCGACCAGUACAUCUGUACACGUGGGGAAGGGGACUACGGACUUAUUGAUACACUGAAGUACUGGAGAAGCAGAUUCUUUGUUCUUCCAUGCAAUAAUCCAGCUACCAAGAAGAUCACCGAUGGUAGCUCGCGCUGUGAUAUAUAUGAGGAAAAAAGUCCAUCUGAACUGAACACAAUGAUCAAUGGGUUUGUGAAGAUGGUUGAAAUCUUGAAUAAACUGAAGAGGUCACAGACUCGGAGGUCAAAGGUUGUGCCUCAACCAGACUCACCAGCUUCCACCAACACUGACAGUAGCCCGGGAAAACCCACUGAACAAGAGAGCCAAAAGGAAAAAGAAGAUCGACUUUCUAUGAGCUCAACUUCCAGUAAACUGAUAGAGGCACUUCUUGAUGAUAAGGAUGGUCUUUUCUUCCUGCCAAAGCAGACUGGUCUUCCUCAGAACUGUUUCAUAUCGGAGGAGGCCGUGUCGUGGUGUCAGCAGUUUGUGCACGGGGUCACCACCAUUGAUCACGCUGUCACUCUGAUGCAGAGACUGAUGGAUGACAAGCUGGUGUACCAUUCCUCUGGCAAUGACAAGCACAAGUUCAUCUAUGGUUUCUACAUCUACUGCAUACCGCCCUCUAAAGGCAAACCUGAGACGCUGAAUCUUCCAUACCCGAACUGUCACUACAACAUGCUGUUCCAGAAUGAGGUGAUGGAGGUAACCUGUGUGCCCACGUCAGACGCAGAUGAGGAGCAGACGGCGGAAGGUUCUGGAAAAUUCUUUCUUCCCGACACGACCCAGCAGGAAUCGGAUUCCUCACACUCAGCGAAUGUAACCAUUGAAGACUGGCGGGUCCAGACUGGGAUGGUGAAACAAGGAUGGGGACAGCAGCUUGGCAAAAUAAUUCUCUGGGCAAAGAAAGCGACACUGCUACACAAGUACGUGAAUGUGGACGUGGACGCUGGGAAGAGCAAGCGUCCCGAGUGGGCGACUGCGCGUUACCACGCCUACUACAGCCCGGCGUGUGCCUUUGAGCUGCAGGUCCAGUGGAUGGUCACCACGGGAUGUCUGCUUGGGGAUCUGGUGUACACGUGGAUGAGGAAAGCCGGGUCGUGCGGCUUUCACCUGCUUCCUGUUCCUGUUGACCCUUUCGCCUUACCGAACACGGAGAACUCUGACCCUCUCCGAGGCCCGAUAUUCGUUCCACUCAAGAUCAGUAGUCUACUUGAUGCAAACAAUGAGAUCUUCUGUGAUUGUGAAAAAAUUCAACAAGAAAGAAUACUACAACUGCAAGAAGCCAUCAUCAGAAGGUAUGGGUUUAUGAAGACUCACAUCGAUCUCCAAAAGGCUGGUUACAAAGCCGAAUCAGUCAAAUCCGACGACCUUCUCAACCAGUACGUGCACUGCACCGGCGGCAUGUUCGUUCUCAUUCCAGACAGCCAGCUGUCGUCAUCGGUAACCAGCGACAGGCACUACUCGCCACGGUUCACAAAGAAAUCGUCGUCCGACCUACACAAGGACUACAUCGCUCGACAGCAGUCGAACGUGGAGGAAGCCAAGAGCGAGACGGGUGGGAUAGGGUUCCUGUGGUCGUGGAACUUCCUGCUGUCGAAACGGUGGCGCUCAGGAAACACCGGAGAUGAGCACUUCCAGGACAAGAUGCUGGCAGACUUCCGACGGUUUUGUUCCAACGAAGACGGGCGGUUGACCGAGUUUUGGGAGGAGUAUCAAGGGAAGAGGCUGUGAUAAUGAAAAUAGAUGGUGGAUACAGGGCUUUUGUAUUUUUAAUACCAGAAUGGACAAUGGAUGAUGAAUGGUUGAAUGGAAACCAUUGUUCUUUGUUUCUUUAGAAGGGAAAGAUGGAUGGUUGACAUUUUUAGAAGAAUAUCAAGAAAAAAAAACAGUGAAAAAAACAUGUUUAUUCCAUUUAAUUUUAUAUUAUAAUUAUUUUAAAAGAAAAUAUGGAUGCUUGAUAUUUUUGUGGAAAGAGUAACAAUGAAAACAACCAAGAGAAAAGAGCGUUUGCUGUAUAAAUAAUAUAUGCUGUAUAAAUAAUAUAUUUUUUAAUAUAUUAUGAAAAAGGCCUUGGUACACGAGAUUUACGUUUAAAAGUGCCAGCAUAAUGUAGAUAAUCAAGUGUUCUGGUUGUAUAAAUGUAAAAAAUUAUGCGAGGAAAUCAGUUGAUGUAUGUGCGAUCUCAUAUAUUUGAUGUCAGGACGAAAAUGGGACUGAUUGCAUGAGACUGCCAUUUACAAGAAUUUAGUGCAAUAUGUAAACAGUAUAUGGAAGGCUGUAAUUGUGAUAUGCAACAUUUUGGAGGGAUAUAAAUGUAUGCCAGUAUACAAUCAUAAUAAACAAAUAUUGUAACAUAAA